CUUAUAACAUGGCUAAUGGGCCGUGCUAAGUGGGGUUGCCAUAGCGGUUGGAGUCUCUUCGGACUGCUCGAGAUGGGGGCAACGGAGGCGAUCGCGGCGUACCGCGCCCUUCUGAGAGCGACGCGGGAGUACUUUCCUGGGGACAAGUUGAGGCAGGCGGAGGCGGCGGUGGUGAUCCGGGAAAGGUUCGAGAAGAACCGAGGCGUGACGGCCGAGGCGGAUGUCAAGCUUCUGCUCGACGAGGCCCGCGAGGCCUUCGACUUCAUGUCCCACAUGAUCGAACAACUAAAGCUCAUCCCCUCUGGCGGUUACGUUGUUAAACCUACGAAGUAACAUGCUGGAGCAACGCUGGAGAUUCCCUCAGAAGAUGUUCUUUCUAAGUCUACCUAAGGAAGUUUUUGGCUGAUUGCAUCCUUCAAAGGUAAUCGGCCAUCGUUGUUUCAGGUUAAGCUUUAAAUGAGUUGGUUUUUGGAAUACUGUCUGUCCUGUGAAGAUGUUCACAUGGAGUUAAAAGAAAACUAUUGUCUAACAGUUGGGUUACCUGUUCUUCGAGCUCCAUUUAUAUGGCAGAAGGAAAAUAGGACUAUUAAGUUUUGUGA